AUACUGCCAUGAACAGCGACAACCUGGUCCGCUUUGCCGGACACCUCUAUCGAUACAUCAGAGACCCUAUGCCUACCAACACACACAACGACGCCAUCUGGUGCCUGGGCCAAACAUACGACUCACACCCCGAGAUCAACCCACCCACGUCNCACACAACCACCACCUCCGCUACCAUCUACUUCAACUCCGACUCCCAAGACGAGUUCGAAACCAUCCAAGUCCAGGAAGCCACCAACGAUAACGCCUGGCCACCUGCCUUUCUCGAUGACCUGGAGUCUCGCAUAUGGCUGACCUAUCGCUCCAACUUCUCCCAGAUCGCCAAGUCUACCAACCCCGAUGCCUCUUCUUCACUGUCUUUCAGAACUCGCCUCUUGCAGCUGGGCAACCAAGGAGGCUUCACAAGCGACACUGGCUGGGGCUGCAUGAUCCGGAGUGCUCAGAGUUUGUUGGCAAACACUUUACAGAUACUUGACCUGGGAAGAGACUGGCGCAAGGGGGAGCAGUCCGAAGCCGAGCGAAAGCUAUUGUCCCUGUUCGCAGAUGAUCCUUCUGCUCCAUUCUCCAUACACCGCUUCGUCGAACACGGCAGCAAAGCCUGCGGCAAGCAUCCUGGAGAGUGGUUCGGUCCUUCGGCGGCAGCUCGCUGCAUCAAGUAUGCCAUCUUGUUCUCUGUCUAUAAGCCCACAUUCGCUGACCAUCAACAGNNAGCCUUAGUAGAUUCACAUGCUUCUUCUGGCCUUCGAGUCUACAUCCGUCCUGAUGAUUCGAGCGUCUACGAAGACAGCCUCAUGAGCACCGCUCGCGCUUCCGACGGCUCCUUCCAACCGACUCUAAUCUUGCUGGGGACCAUGUUGGGCAUUCGUGGUGUGACUUCCUCCUACAGGGAAGCCAUCAAGGCUGCUCUACGUCUUCCUCAAAGUGUCGGCAUUGCUGGUGGCCGACCAUCCUCCUCGCACUACUUCAUCGGCACUCAAGCCGACCACCUCUUCUACCUCGAUCCACACACCACGCGACCUCUGCUACCUGCUUCUCCUUCCGAUGCCGACGUUGCUUCCUGCCACACACGUCGCCUACGCCUGAUAUCCCUUGAAGAUAUGGAUCCGUCCAUGCUCCUCGGCUUCCUCAUCCGCGACGAGGCAGAUUGGAACGACUGGAAAGCCGCCAUCGAGGCCACUCCACCUACCGGUACAAAGAGCAUCGUACACAUCUACAAGGAAGAACCCUCGCUCUCAGGCGAUUCUACCGAUGCCGAAUUUGAACGUGCCGUUGCCGAAGUACAGAGUUGUGACGAAGAUGAAGAGGACGAUGCCAUUAUCUGACGAAUGCAUCCCUAUACUGCUACGACGACUCCGAUGGCGUUCUCUCUGG